AUGGUUGCACACCUCUGUAAAUGCACAAACGCUGUCUUACUGUACACUUUAAAUGGGUGUAUCUCCCACAGGCACGCCCAGUGGCUUGUCUCCUAGGUGACGCUAGACUCUGUCAAGUUGACAGUACUCACCACAAAUGUAUCAGUUAUCUGGGAAGAUACCCCAUUCCAGCUUACCCAUUACUACCUCAUGGGGCAUUAUGAGAAAAGAUUGAAACCUGAAGUCAAUGAUUUGAGGAGAACUGGUCCCUAGACCGUCAGAAGACAGGGCUGACUGCCGAGGCUCAUUAGCAUCCGUUCCAACACCCAUGUUAGGAGCUCACGGGACCUCCAUUCUAGAUGCUGCACCUGACCCAGGCGAAGUGGCUGUCAUCAGCAUUUGGAAUUGGCUGAAUUCUAAACAGGGUUCAUCAGGACUGACUGCCUUACGACUCUCCAUAAAGGCAGGCUAUGUAAAGAGAGCCACUUAGUAUGAGGGGCUGGCGAAUCCCUCAUUGCACAGACCCCGAAGGCCAGUGACUGGCACAUUUCCGAGCUUUUGUCUCUGUUCCAGUGUAAAGUGGCAGGGUGUCACUGCUGACCAAGAGGACGUGUGUCUUGCUCAUGGGAGGGUCAGCCUUUUGAUCUCUUUAGUCCUUUGACUGCUGGAAUAAAGCCCAUCCAUCUUAAAGAGGGCCCCUGCCUCUCCUGUCUGAGGAGCGCCUGCGGGGACUAUGGCUCCGGGCUCUGCCCUUAGAGUCAGAUUGCACGAGUAGACAUGGACCUUUGUACAGGUGACUAGGGAUUACCCCGGUGGACAUGGGCUCAGGAUUACCCCGGUGUGGGCCCCACCAGUACUAUCUGACCCCAUCUCGACGGUGUAUAGCCUUUUUCUCCCUACAGUGCCUCUGAGAGACAGACAGAUGAGAGACAGACAGGGGUGGCGGUGUUCCCUCCAUGGCUGGGGAUUUAACCACACUGGCACAUGUUGAUCACGGGAAGGCACCUCCUUUUCGGGGUGCCACACACCAUCUUUUAAGAUGUUCCAUCCAGCGGUGGCCUCCUCUGACAGAGAGCAGGGCUAAUCGGGGUCUGGAUUUGAAUGUUGCCGGUGACACCGCCUCCCCCAGCUUCGGUAACCAUAGCAACUAGUCAUGGCUACAACCUGUUCCUGACUCUGCUGGGAGAACGCCUCACAAGCUUCGUGGCCCAUCUCCGAACGGACGCAUCUCCCAAGGAUAAGAUACACGUCUGUGAUGCUUAGUCUUGCGUUCGAGCUGGAGCUCUCCAACACUGCCAUCCUGCACCAGAUGAGACGGGACCAGGUGACAGACACCUGCCGGGCCAACAGCGCCAUGAGCCGCAAGCGCAGGGUGCUGACCCCCAACGACCUGAAGCACCUGGUGGUGGAUGAGGACCACGAACUCAUCUACUGCUAUGUACCCAAGGUGGCGUGCACCAACUGGAAGAGGCUCAUGAUGGUCCUGAGCGGCCGGGGCAAGUACAGCGACCCCAUGGAGAUCCCAGCCAACGAGGCCCACGUGUCGGCCAACCUGAAGACCCUUAACCAGUACAGCAUCCCAGAGAUCAACCACCGCUUGAAAAGCUACAUGAAGUUCCUGUUCGUGCGGGAGCCCUUCGAGAGGCUGGUGUCUGCCUACCGCAACAAGUUCACGCAGAAGUACAACACCUCCUUCCACAAGCGCUACGGCACGAAGAUCAUCCGGCGCCAGCGGAAGAACGCCACGCAGGAGGCCCUGCGCAAGGGGGACGAUGUCAAGUUCGAGGAGUUCGUGGCCUACCUCAUCGACCCCCACACCCAGCGCGAGGAGCCCUUCAACGAGCACUGGCAGACGGUCUACUCCCUCUGCCACCCAUGCCACAUCCACUACGACCUCGUGGGCAAGUACGAGACGCUGGAGGAGGACUCCAAUUACGUACUGCGGCUGGCCGGGGUGAGCGGCUACCUGAAGUUCCCCACCUAUGCAAAGUCCACCCGAACUACCGACGAGAUGACCACGGAGUUCUUCCAGAACAUCAGCGCCGAGCACCAGACACAGCUGUACGAAGUCUACAAACUGGACUUUUUAAUGUUCAACUACUCAGUGCCAAACUACCUGAAGUUGGAUUAGAGGGCUGCGGGGGGCGGGGGGGGCGGUUGGGGAGAGGGAGAGAAUCCUGCUUUUUAAUUUAAGAUUUUUAUUUGUCAAAAGAAUUCUAUGGAUACCGGGUUAUUUUGUAAGUUAAUAUGCCUUUCGGGGGAGAUGCUGCGAGCGGCAUGGUAAGAAUUAUUUAAAAAAAAAAUCCUCUGUGGGGAAGGACAGCUGUCUUUGCAGGGGAGCGGCGUGGAUUGGCCCUGUUUUUAGAAGCGGACCCGGCAACACUGUCCGCAGGGUGUCCUUGUGUUCUGGUGAAUCCCACAAACUGUGCGUCCCAUAAAGUCUAAUGAGUCUUAUUUAUGGUUAUUUAAACGUGGUCUCUGUAUAGGCUUCUCACUGUGUCAGCAGCCUGCUCCUGUCUUUCUGGAGGAAAGGACAGUCUGUGCCUUGCUGGCUAUGUCUGGUUUGGGGGGCGUGGUUACCUCCCCACUGUCCCGUGCGGAAUCCCACGGUGACAGCUGAUGGAUUACCACCGUUCAAGAAACACUGCUAGAAAUAAGUACAUUGUCCUUGCGGUAAGAAACAGGGAUGAGACUGGUUCAAACCGACUGCUAGCAACCCCAAAGUCCCUUGCGGUAAAGAGAUGCAAAUUUUUUAACCCAAGAAGAGAGCGGAUGAUAGCAAUUUCUCUUCACCAAAAUUAGCAGGCUCUAAGAAUAGUCUUUUUUGUGAAAAUCUUUAACUGGCACUUUCCAGUUCUAGCGAAGGCAGAAUAAUGGUUACUUUAUAGUCAUUAAGUAUUUAUUGAGCAUAUACUAUUUCCCAGGCUUGACUGCAGGUAGAACGUUAAGUUGAAACCAGGAGCCUUGGCCUUCGACAAGCUUUAUGUGAACACAGGGCAUCCAUCUCAACAGUGAACCAAUCCCCAGCCUUAUGGUCUUCACACAGGCUUUGGACUAUUCUCAAGUGGCCCAGAGAGUCCAUGACCCCAGCAAAUUUACAUUUUUCCACAGCUCAAAUUUGAAAGCCACACAUUUGGAUCGGGCCACUUAACUAGCUAAGUAGUUCACUGCCCAACACAAGAAAUGGCAGAAACCUUUUUCAUCAUGUAUAUCUAUUGCAGUUUCUUGGAAGUAGAUGCCUAUAAGCCACAGUAUUCUCCAGGCACAAAGAUGGAGGACCACAGCGAUCGAUUAGUGAUGUCUGCCUUGGCUAAGGGAAGGGGAGAACAUUUGUCAAGUGCCUCCUACUGUGAUCUCCAGUCCACAUCUUGUCCUGCCUGCCACUUAAAAGAGUGUGCUCCAUAUGUCUGGAGACCAGCAAAGUUCAGGUGUGAACGUCAAAGGUGGCGUGUUGGUACCCACAGGCACAUGCAGACCCUCCCGUGUCCUGUGUUGGCAGAGUGUCUUAGGACCUCCCUUUCCUCCAGAAGGCUGGAAACUUGCUGUUUCCCGUUCCUUGCUGAUCAACACCCAAACCUAUUCCUCAUUUCUAGUUGUUUCUGAUGCUUCUUGGUUGACAUUUGAGCCGCAUUCCCAUUACAGCCAGUGUCCGGGUACGUAGCAGGUGCUGUACAUAAUAGUUCUAAUGAUGGGGAGGGAGUAGGGUGUAAAUUUUGCUUUUCUGUGUUUUUGUGGGUUUUUGUUUGUUUUGAUGCAGUACAGAGUGAAGGGGUAAGAAUAUGCUGAAAAACAUAAAACUGAAUAAUUUAUUCACAGAAACUAUUAAAAUGGUAUUGUUGGGCUCACAGCAAGCCUGACAGCAGCUGUAGCUGCUACUCGUUCUCACUGAGGAGAUUAUUUUAUUUAAUGUGAGGGAGAUGUGAGGCAGGGUGGCUGGCUGCGGCUUCUUAUAAAACGCAGGUACCUUCCCCAAUGUCUCUCCCCUCGCCUUUGAUAGAUGGGUUUAUGUCAUGUGCUUGGCUGUCCCUGAAAUAGGGGGGGGGGGCUGUUGUCCUCAGAACCCGGGCUUCCGCCCAUGUGACAGUCUGUGAUGUUGCUGAUGCAUGUGCCACAGAGCCCAGCCUCUCCAGGAAGUCAGUUUGGAGGAGUUUGUGGUCACAUAUCCUUAGAAAACAAAACUGAGUCAGGUUCCUCUCUGCAGGAAUUUUUCAGAGCCUUGAAUACGUACGUGGUCUGCCUUGUGAAUCUCGGAGAACGUAGCAUUUCCGGGCUGCGUGACCUGGGUGUCCUGCAUGGCAGACCAUGUCUUACCUGGUUUUUCACACAGUAGCCUUUGGUGAGGGUGAUCUAGCCUGUCAGAGGUCUGCAAAGAUUGACAGCUGCUUCCUAGGUCCUUCCACAAAUAAGCAGAAACAGCAUCUGCAUGGGAACUUUAUCAGAAUUGCGCUUUACCUAACUGGGGUGGCUCCAUCCAGACACUGCCCCCAGACAGUGAUCCCGCCCCUCCAAGCACAGUGGAGGGAAGUCUAGGGUGUCGUGGAGUGGGGCAGGUGGCAUAAGGAUGCAAAACUAUCUCCCACUCUGUGGCCUUCAAGGCCGCUUGGUGGUGACGAUGGCCUCAUGGAAAAUACUUCUCACUUCCACCCACAGUUUGGAACUGUUACCCGUGUGCUUCUGGAGUUUUUAAAUGGAAAUUCGUGUUGACUUCCAUGUUUCUCAUUUCUGUUUGUCUGUUGUCUGUGGUACAGUGCUGUGUGCAGAUGGUACUCACUCCAUUCCUCUCUAAUGUGAGAAAGAUUGCCCUUCUGGGGACAGCGUGUCAGUACGCUUCCAGAGUGAGGGGCUCUUCCUCCUGUCUUGUGUUCACACUUCGUAGUGACAAUUUUUUAAAAAAUGUGUACCAGCUCGACUGUUUAUUGUAGAAUGUAGAAAGGAUUCUGUGUCCCUCGCUAAAGACAUCCAUUGGUGAAGUGUGUUUGGAAACCCAAGUGUUUUUCUACUGGAAAAACGAUGUUGAAGAAGCUUCCUCUCGCAUGCCUCUCGUGCUUAGCUAGAAAGGGGGAACUGUCCCAGCUCUGAGCCACUGUUCAAAGGUGCAGCUGUGUUUUUAGGACCAGAUACAGGCAGAAUGGUAAGCACAUGCCUGCUUAGCUUACCCAUUUAUCAGAAAAGUUUAGAAUACGAGCCACAGGGGUCCCUGCCUACAGUCCCUACAGCCUCCCCCUGCCCCAGUACCUUUCUCAGCUGGUCUGGGAAUAAUCGGGGCAGCCCAUUUGACGGGGUCUCUCUCGGUCAGGCCUUUCCUCCUGGUCCCGAGAGCAAGCCUUUCUCUUCUGUGUGUUCAGCCACAAGGAGAAUUAUGGGAACCAGAAACUUCUCUCCGGCCAGCCCUUCUGAGGACACAGGUCCUGCCCAUGCUCCAAGAGUGCUCCUGGACAUUGUGUAAGGCCCUAGGACUCUUAGCUCAAAUGAUAAUGAUUGCAUUGCUAUCCUGCUUUAACUGACAAAACCACAGAGGUUUUGCUUGUUUCCCUACUCUCUUCCUCUGCCCAGGCCUCCUCCAUACAUAUACAGGCACACAUGGGUAUGCAUACACACACUUGCACAGUAGACAUACACACACACAUGCACAUAUGGGUUUGCACACACAUGCACAUGUGGGUGUGCACACACACAUGCACAGUAGACAUGCUCACACACACAUGCAGACAUGGGUAUGCACACACACAUGCACACAUGAAUGUGCACACACACAUACACAGAUUGCCCGAGCCUGUGCACUCCUGGUGCCCAACUCCCAUCCUGGCCCACCUCUCUGUCAGCAGGACUGACUCCAUCACUCCCUCAGGUUUUGCCCACCAGCAUCCACCAGCUUUUCCCUCAGCACAGCCCCUUUGAAUAGACAACAGGACCUUCUAGAACCAGCUGAGCCCUUGGACAGCAGCAGGCAACUUUUGAUCUGCUCUCAUCGGGUACAAAGGGUGGUAUCCGUAUUCUCUUCUGAGCAUGCUCAGUAAGGCAUAUGGACAUAGAAUUUAACAUCCCUGAGGAGUGUGUGUUUUUUACAUAUUUGUAUGCAGUCGAGGAGGGCCUGUUGUAGAAUUCUCUCCCUGUAUCUUACUAUACUGUUAAAGAAGCUGAAUUCCAUGUUGCCAACAGAUGCGUGAAAUGUUCCCGAAACUUCCUCCAGGAAAAGCCAUUCAAGCCUGAUUAUUUUUCUAAGUAACUUCAAUUAAAUUGAAGAAAAAAAAAACCAGAA